UAGCCAUCUAGUUGCCUGAUUUUGAUACACUGACAACAAAUUGGCCAGUUCUGUGUAAUAAACGUACAACGUAUUUUACUUCUUUAUAAAUCCUUGCUUCGAAACUUUGCAUUGUUCAUAUUAACAAUAAUAAAAGUUAAAAUCAAUGAUGAUCAGAAUCUCUGAGUUGCAAUCUAUAUGUUACAAUUUGUAAACUUUACGACUAGUUAAAGGCUAUACAGGUGGUCUCCUACCACCAGUUACCUUUUCAAAAUGUAGUGUCACACAACCACAUCAAUGUUAUGUUUUUUUUUAUAAAUGAAGGUCAGGGUGCAUAGGUCAGGUACUGUAAACAUGUUGGCCUCUGUGAUUCUGCUAUGUAUAUGCAUUUCUAUCUUCUUUUUUCUCAUCAGAACCCACCGCCCCCAAAAACUUCCCACCUGGGCCACAACUCUUCCUGAUAUUUGGCAACCUGCUACAGCUUAAUCUGGAAAAUCCCAUGCCUGAUUUUGACAGAAAUUCGUCUUUCAAAGCCUAAAGUGAACGGCCGGUUUGGACUACAGCCCUCUACUUCCUGCUUUAAUGACGUCAGUAGAACAGUUUUUUGACUAAACUCCGCACCCAGGAAUACGUCAGUCACCAGCUAAGCUAACGGCAAGCUAAGCUGCUGUCAAAUCACAACACACUAAAUCUUCAAAUGUCCCCUUUAAAUAAUUUAGGUCAAGGGGGUUUGUCUGACAAAAAAGUAUGAAAAUCCCUGCAGUAUACAAUACAAAACUUUUUUUCUGACUUCUUUCUCACAGGGAACGCUCAUCAUUCCCAACCUCUCCUCUGUGCUGUAUGAGAAGGACAAGUGGAAGUUUCCUCAUGAGCUUAAUCCAGUCAACUUCAUGAAUGAUCACUACCAGUAUUAGAAGCCUGACACCUUUAUGCCUUUUUCGGUCCCCGCACUUGUCUCAGGGAGGGUCUGGCUAGGAUAGGGCGCUUCUUAUUUUUGGUCUCGAGGGCUGCGUCGGUUUUGAGUUCAUCUGGCCUGAGGAUGCAGGAGAACCAGACUUCACCCCUGUUUUUUGAGUGACUCAAGCACAUAGACCAUACAGGAUGUCUGUGAAGCUUUGAGAGACUAUGAAUUAAUAAAAACAUUGUUUUGACUAACAUCUGUGAAUUCAGAUUUAUAAACUAAUUUAUUGCUUGCACACACAAUGGAUUUUCCUUAGUAAUUAAAAUUUGAUUAAGACACAUAAUAGGCAACACUUUAGGUUGUAUUUGUUAUCAUUAUUGAAUGCAUUGGCUAAUAAUGAACAAUAUUGUUUCUCAGCAUUUAUUAACUUUAGCUAAUUUUAGUUUAUUGUGUGUUACCUAAUGCAUUAACUAAUGUUAACAAAUUCAUCCUUAUUGUAAAGUGUCACUUUUAUUAAAAGGAAAUAUUUAAAAAAAAAUAUUAUAUUUAUAUUUAAAGGAACGAUGUAAACCUGGGCAUAUGUGUGAUGCAAUGUGGCAAACAAGUGACAAUAUAUACAAUAGAUAUGACAUUAUUAUUGACUUAUUAAAAUGAUUUAUUUUAGAUGAUGCAUAAACAUCUUCAAUAAUAAAAACCUAUUGAUAAGGUUUAAAUUUUGUGCUGUACAUUUAAUAUCUAUAGGCUACACACACACACACCAUAAAAACUUCAGUCUCAAUAAAUUUGAAAAAUACUGGUUAAUAGCUUUUAGGGGCUUUAAAGAAAGAGGCAGGGUAAGAAAGUUCAACUGUUUGAUAGAAAAAUAGUAUAUAAUAAUAUAAUUUAUAAAACAUUAAUAAAAUAACAUAUUCAGUAAAUUUAAACAAAAUAUAAAUUGAUGUAGACUUAUUACAUUUUAAUUUAAAGUAACUCUCCAGUAGGCGGCGCUAAUGCGCUUUGUUAUUUUUCAUUCAGCAAAUUUACAUCAAGAAGAAGACGCGAGCAGUGCUGCUCACAUGCAGGCUUCUGUGAUCGUUACUGUAUUUUUUGUGAUCAUACAUUUUUAUUUAAACGUUUUGUUAUUUAUAUCGCAUUGACAUUUUCUUCUUUUUGAAGAAAAGAUGGCGACAAAUGCAAAAAGGGCUAAGAUAACGUUAGAUGGUAAGACUGAUGCGUUUGAUCCACUGAAGAUUUUCUUGUCAUGGUGUAAUAGUGUGAAUCUGACUCUCAGUGAUAAGGUCUGCUUAAGUAAAGAUGGUACAGUUGCGGAGUAUGGCAUGCUUGCCAAAGAGGACAUUGAAGAGGGACACAUUUUAUUCUCAAUACCCAGAGAGACUCUUCUUCAUCAGGGCACCACUGAGAUCAAAAAGGUGCUUGAAGAUGGUAUGAAAUCUUUAGAGAGUGGAUCGGGCUGGGUUCCUCUUCUUCUGGCCCUCCUUUAUGAGUACACGUCUCCACACUCGCACUGGAAGCCGUACCUGUCCCUCUGGCCUGACUUUAGUACACUGGAUCAUCCCAUGUUCUGGUCUGAAGAGGAGCGGGAUAAACUUCUGAAAGGCACAGGAAUUCCUGAGGCUGUCAAAAGUGAUCUGGAAAAACUUCACGCUGAAUAUAAUAACAUCGUCCUUCCGUUUAUGAAGUCUCAUCUUGAUCUGUGGGAUCCUGAGAAGCACAACCUGGAGCUCUAUAAGAGAUUGGUAGCUUUUGUGAUGGCCUACAGUUUUCAGGAGCCUGUAGAUGACAAUGAUGAAGAUGAUGAUGAGAAAGCACCCAGUCCUCCGAUGAUGGUGCCCAUGGCUGACAUGCUGAAUCACAUCUCUAAGCACAAUGCCAAUCUGGAAUAUACACCUGAUUUUUUGAAGAUGGUCGCUGUACGACGGAUUGAAAAGGGAGAGGAGAUUUUUAAUACCUACGGUCAGAUGGCAAACUGGCAGCUCUUGCACAUGUAUGGCUUUUCAGAGCCAUUUCCAACUAACGUCAAUGACACCGCUGAUGUUCAGAUGUCCAGCGUGUAUGAAGCAGCAAUGCAAGUGACACAAAGCAAAACGGACAAACAACUGUUAUCGGACAAGUGGAAGAUGUUGGGUGAGAUGGAGAUUGUGGGGGAGAAAGGGGUUUUUAUCUUUGGCCAAUCAGGUUCUCUCACCUACAGUGAACUCUACACAACACUCAAGGUCCUAUGCAUGUCGCCGCAAGAGUUCGAGGAGUUCCGUGAAAACGAAGGUUGGGAGGACGAUGAAGGUGAUGAAGAUGAUAAAAUGGAGCAGGCUUUGAGUUUCGAGAGACUGACGGAGUUGAAGACGGAGUGGAAACGGCUCUUACACGCAGCGGCGAGACUAACACUGAACUCUUAUUCUGAGGAUGUGGAAACUGACAGACGAAUGUUGGAGGAUCAGGAAGCUCUGGCUAAACUCGGCAGCAGAGAGAGAAGAGCCCUGCACGUGCGGUACGGUCAGAAGAGCGUCCUACAGCAUCUGGAGCAGCUCACCAAACCCAAAGACUAACUAAAUAUAGACCGUUUCAAAAGAUGUAAACAGCACUGGUCCAGAAACACUUCCUGUUACAGUUUGUGACAGUUUUUAUUUAUUUCACAUAUCAUUAUCUUUAAGAUGUUUGUUUAACUUCAGUUAAUUCAGUUCUAUAUGUUCUGUUGGUUGUAUUUUAUCCCAACAUUUAUCUAGUGUUAAAAAACUGAAACAGGAAGUGCUUCUGGACAAGUGUUGUUUACAUAUUUUGAAAUGGUCUAUAUUAAAAUCAUUCAAGUGCAUACUGGGAAAUGCUCUAUUAUUGUGAAGACAACAAAAUCUAUAUGGUGGAAAUUUGUAAACUCUGCAUUUUUUUUGUCUUUUUUUCUUAAUUUUGUACAGUCUAUUAGGAGCAUCAAAGUUUAAUUUUGCUCAUUGAUUUCAAUCUUUGACAUGACCUUACUCAAUCAGUCAAUAUUAAAGAUAUCAUGGUUAUAUUUUCACACAAUGUUCUUUACAUUAUAUAAUACAUUACAUUAUAUGAUCUGAAAAGCUCUGUGUCCCUGAUUGGUCAGAUUCAAUAGGAAAGCCGCCCUUUCGUAUCAAAAGUUACAUCCAGUCAUAAAUAACAUGUCUGCUUAUUAAUAUGUCAAUCGGCUUAAUAAAUAAAUACGAUGGCAAUUUAUCAGUCAAAUCUCACAGUACUUUGAUGUCAUAUGACAAUCGCUCUGUAUACGAUUGAACGCGCUUAACAAUGUGCGCCUUAAUAUAAUGGGU